UACAAUAGUAUGAGGUAGAUGUUUGUAUUGCCUCCUCCCUAUAAGGAAGGAAGCUGAGACACAGAGAGGUUAAGUUACUGGCUCCCAGUCACACAGCUAAGACUGGCAGAUGCCAUCUAGGCUACGGUAAUCCCCAAAACAGUGCCCUGCUGAUCAGCUGUGGCUCUGUCUGUCCUUUUAUUCACCCACCUCCCCCUUCCCUCAACACUGUCCAGCCUGAAGGAAUCAGAAUGAACAAGACUGUGGCCGUUAAGACACUGGAUCCACAACACCUGGGCCAGAACGGUGUGCAGCGAGUGGAGGUCGAGGCUGCAGACCUCAGUGACCAAGUCCCUGACACAGAGUCGGAAACCAGGAUCCUCCUGCAGGGGACCCCAGUGGCCCAGAUGGCAGAGGACGCCAUUGAUGGGCAGCAGCUGGGGCACCUCAUUGUGACCCCCGGGGGCUGUGGAGAGCAGAACAUGAUCCACAUGACGCCCACUGUCAUCGCGGUGCACUACCUGGACCACUCUGAGCAGUGGGAGAAGCUUGGCAUUGGCAAGCGGCAGGAAGCCGUGGAUCUCAUCAAGAAGGGGUACACAACGCAACUGACCUACAGACAACCCAACAAGGCCUUUGCGGCCUACCAGAGUCGGAAGUCCAGCACCUGGCCGACAGCCUACGUGGUCAAGGUCUUCUCUCUGGCCACCAACCUCAUCGCCAUCGACUCCGAAGUCAUCUGUGGAGCUGUCAAGUGGCUGAUCCUGGAGAAGCAGAGGCCUGAUGGAGUCUUCCAGGAGGAUUCACCCGUGGGACAACUACAAAUGACUGGUGGCUUGAAUGAUGCUGAGGAGAAAGAUGUGUCCCUCACAGCCUUCGUUCUCAUCGCACUGCAGGAGGCUAAAGAUAUUUGCGAGGGACAGAUCAACAGCCUUGGGGGCAGCAUCAAUAAGGCUGGAGACUUCAUUCAAGCACACUACAUGAACUUGAAGAGACCAUAUGCUGUGGCCAUUGCUGGCUAUGCCCUGGCCCAGUUGGGCAAGCUGGAGGGCCCUCUCCUCAACACAUUUCUGAAUGCAGCCACAGAUAAGAACCGCUGGGAGGAGCCUGGCCAAAGGCUCUACACUAUAGAGGCCACAUCCUAUGCCCUGUUGGCUCUGCUGCUGCUCAAAGACUUUGACUCUAUACCUCCUGUUGUGCGCUGGCUCAACGAGCAGAGAUACUACGGAGGUGGCUAUGGCUCCACCCAGGCAAGUGGUCCCACAUCCCCCAGGCAAAUGCAUCCUUACCUCCUCCAGCCUGACUGCCUCCCAAUUAAGAUGCUGAGACCAAGAGAGGCAAUUGAUUAUCAUGUUCUCAAGUCCCAGGUUCAAGGCCCUGCCCCAUCCAGGUACCUGGGAGACCACGAUGCCACUAUGUCCAUCCUGGAUAUAUCCAUGAUGACUGGCUUUGCUCCUGACACUGCUGACCUCAAGCAGCUGGCCAGUGGCACUGACACGUACAUCUCAAAGUUCGAGUUGGAAAACAAGCCCUCCUCCAACAAGAACACCCUCAUCAUCUACCUGGAUGACAUCUCACACGAUCAAGAGGACUGUAUAUCCUUCAAAGUUCACCAGUUCUUUAAUGUGGGACUCAUCCAGCCGGGAGCAGUCAAGGUGUACUCUUAUUACAACCUGGAUGAGUCUUGUACCCGGUUCUACCACCCGGAGAAGGAAGAUGGAUUGCUGAGCAAAAUCUGCCACAAUGAAAUAUGCCGCUGUGCUGAGGAGAGCUGCUUCAUGCACCAAUCAGAUGACCAGGUCACCCCAGAUGACCGGCUGGACAAGGCCUGUGAGCCGGGAGUGGACUAUGGUAAGGAAGGGUGGGGAGACACAUGUGCAUGUGUGAUUGUGUGUGAUUGAUGGCGUGUGUGGCUGUGGUUGUGUGGG